UAUUGUGAUUAAUUGUAAUAAACUAUACUGCACUUUAAGGUUCAAAAAAAAAAAAAAAACAGAAAAAACAGAAAAUAUGACUUUAUUUUUGAGUUUCUUUUUUUUAUUAAGUUUUAAUGUGAUAAUUUUCAAUCUGCCCUCGUCGCAAGGAAAUUCUUCAGGAUACUAUCAAUCGACAUUAAGUCAAGUACUUACGCCUUCUGAACGCUUAACAUAUAUAAUAUUUGGUACUUUGCCGAAUAGGAUUUACUACUCUUAUUCGAAAGGUUCAUACGUGGUAAGAGGACAGCCAGGUGGAUAUAAAAAUGACCUAAGAAGACAAAGAGGAAAGGACAGAGAGGGUUAUAAAGUCAUGCCUCGAUGGAAGUAUUACUUGAGUAAAUUGUCACCGGUUAGUCUUAUUAAAUCUGGAAUGCAAUAUGCUUCGAUGGCGAAAGCUUUACUUGGGUUUGGAAGAGGUUUUAAAGAUUUCGACGAUUCCAUGGGUAAUAUGGGUGACUUAGAAAAUCCUGAUGAUGAUCCAAAUAAUGAUGAAGAUAGUGAUUUAGAAGAUGAUGCAAUAGAUGAUGCAAAUAAUGAUGAAAAUGGUGGUAAUAAUAAUGAAAAAGGUUCGUCUGGAAUGGUCUCAUCGUUACCGACGCUUCCGACUGAUCUACUUUCACCACUAUAUGACGUUUCUAACGAUAACAAAAAAGAAGAUGAUAAAGACGAUGACUCGGUAGGCUAUUCAAAAAUGGCCAAAAAUGCAUUGCAAAGUGACACUGCCAAAAACCUUGUAAAAACUGGAAUCAGCCUUUUAGUACCUGGAGGACCAGCGAUUGUAGCUGCAAUGGAUGCUAGUUCGAAAUUAGGAGGAGCAACUGACGCAAUUGGGAAGGUACCCAAAUUGAAAUAAUAAUCAUUCUUACUAUUAUUUGUAAUUACAAUUCAAAUAUUUUUAAUUUUGAAAAUCUUAAAGAAAAUUUUGAUGUUAAUUGAUAGUUGACUAAUUUUAAAUAUUAUAUUUUCAUGUGUUUGUAAUUAUUAUACUAUACGGUAAUUAAAAUUAAUUUAAAUGGUAAUAAUUUUAAAAAAAAAAAUGUUAAAUAUUUUUUUAACCUC